CUGCUGUCACUGACUCCACCCCCAUGACCUUAACCGUGUGUGAUUAAAGUGGAUUUACAGCCAGAUGAAGAUGGAGGUGAACAGCAGACAGAGAGCACCUCUCUGAGACGCACCUCUCUGAGGUCAAAGGGCAACCUGGGGUCAGUGGGUGCCAUCCUCAGCAGGUGACACCCUUCCCUGGGUGCCCUGCGGCCAGCCUCAGUGGUUGCCAUGGGAGACGAGUUGUACCCAGAAGGCCGAGCUCAGGAGCUGUUUGACGAGUUUGUGUCGGCGUCCACAUGCAGGGUUACACUGCGCUCCUUCAGCCAGCUGUGUGAACAUCUGCAGCUGGACCCGAGCUCCGCCUCCCGGCCCCUGUACCGACCAAUCAAACACCGUCUCAACUACUGGAAGGCCAACGCCCUGUGGGCCAAACUGGACCGGAGGGCAGCGCAAGAUGAGUACCAGAGGGGCCGGGCCUGCAUCAAUACCACUUGUGUCAUCAUCGGGGCGGGGCCCUGUGGUCUGAGGAUGGCAGUGGAACUGGCCUUCAUGGGAGCCCGUGUGGUGCUGCUGGAGAAGAGAGACUCAUUCUCCAGGAACAACGUGCUCCACCUGUGGCCUUUCACCAUCCAUGACCUCCGCGGCCUUGGAGCCAAAAAGUUUUAUGGAAAGUUCUGCGCAGGUUCCAUCGACCACAUCAGUAUCCGUCAGCUGCAGCUGGUCCUGCUGAAGGUGGCCCUGCUGCUGGGGGUGGAGGUCCAUGUCAAUGUGGAGUUUAAACAACUGCUGGAACCACCUGAAGAUCAGAACAGAGACAAAGUGGGCUGGAAGAUGGAGCUGCAUCCAAAGUCUCAUCCUGUCAGUCAGCUGGAGUUUGAUGUCAUCAUUGGAGCAGAUGGACGAAGGAACACACUUCCAGGUUUCAGACGUAAAGAAUUCAGAGGGAAACUGGCAAUCGCCAUCACAGCCAACUUUAAGAACAGAAACACCACAGCUGAGGCCAAAGUGGAGGAGAUCAGUGGUGUGGCCUUCAUCUUCAACCAAAGAUUCUUCCAGGAGCUGCGUCAAGAAACUGGGAUUGACUUGGAGAACAUUGUUUACUACAAAGAUGACACACAUUACUUUGUUAUGACGGCAAAGAAGCAGAGUCUCUUAGACAAAGGAGUCAUUCUACAGGACUUUGCAGACACAGAGCAGCUUCUCUCUCGGGAAAAUGUAGACCAGAAUGCCUUGCAGGCAUAUGCCCGUGAGGCCGCCGACUUCUCCACCAAUCACCAACUGCCAUCUCUAGACUUCGCCAUGAACCACUACGGCCAACCUGACGUCGCCAUGUUUGACUUCACCUGCAUGUACGCAUCAGAACAUGCAGCCAUGGUUCAGCAACGCCAUGGACACCAGCUCCUGGUCACACUGGUGGGAGACAGUCUACUGGAGCCUUUCUGGCCCAUGGGUACUGGUAUAGCUCGAGGUUUCCUGGCAGCUCUGGACUCAGCCUGGAUGAUUCGUAGUUGGGCACAGGGAGGCAGUCCUCUGAACGUCCUGGCUGAGAGAGAGAGUCUGUAUCGACUGCUUCCUCAGACAACACCAGAGAACAUGCAGAAGAACAUCACUCUGUACACAGUAGAUCCAACCACACGGUACCCCAACAUCAACACCUUGCUCAUCACACCUGCACAGGUCCGACACCUGGUCCACACAGGAGCAGAGACGGGGCUGAAUACAGACUGUGGAGACAUUAUCCGGCUACCUUCACCCCGGUUCAUCAGACAGGACUCCUUCUGUCACUCUAACAAACUGCUGAACUGGUGUCAGGAGCAGACUCGGGGUUAUCGAGACGUCUCUGUGAACGACCUCACUACUUCCUGGAAGAAUGGCCUUGCCCUCUGUGCCCUUAUUCACAGCUACCGGCCUGAUCUCAUAGACUUUGAGUCUCUGGAUAAGGCAGCAGUGGAGGAAAACACGCAGCUGGCGUUCGACGUGGCCGAGCGUGAGUUUGGGAUUUCUCCUCUGAUGACAGUGGAGGAGAUGUUGUCUGUGGGAGAGCCAGACUCUCUGUCCAUGGUGAUGUACCUCAGUCAGUUCUACCACCUGCUCAGUAGUACGCUGCCUCCUACAGGGUCUCUGUCUCAGGUUGCAGAAGUCAGAGGGGCACUCCUUGCCCCAGCCUCCCUCCUCAGCAGACUGGGACAUAGCCCAUCCAGAAAAAGAAACCCAAAGAAACAAAAAGAUGUUCUGGGUAAAAGAAGGAGGACGAGUCAACCAAGCAGAGAUGAACAGGAGUCAUGUGACCUGAAUGGUGGUGAUAAUGCACAGCUGCUGGACCAGGGUUUUGUGGGUGAGGCCAGUGGGUCCAGGGUUCGUCUGAUGGCCAACCAGCUGCAGGCAAAGCUGGACGAGUCUUUGUCCUGCAGGAGUUUAACUGCUGCAGCCUCACGUCAACAGCAGGGGGAGCCACUACCCAGCACAUUCCCAUCAUCAGCCACUGGUGCUCCAGCUCCACUGCCACCAUGGAGACUGAAAAAACGAACACAGCAGCAGGAGCAGAUGAGUUUUCGUUUCAAAGAGAGGCUCAAGUCCCAGCAGUCUGUGUUUUCAGCGGGCGGCAGUGACAUCUGUUUCUUCUGUAAGCAGCGGGUUUAUGUGAUGGAGCGUUGGAGCGCUGAGGGCCUGUUCUUCCAUCGCAGCUGUUUUCUGUGUGAAUAUUGCGGCUGCACACUGCGACUCACCGACUACACCUAUGACAUCCACAGUGGGAGGUUUUUCUGUCCACAGCACUUUAACUUGAGGCUGAAUGCUCCAACUGCAAGGACGAGACCACCACUGUCUGACAGAUCUGCAUCACAACACAGAGGUUCUCUGGUUCCGUCAGUGUCCUCGGCCGACUCUCUGAUCUCAGGGGUAGCAGAGCGUCGUCGCUCCUCAGUGGCUUCUCUGAUGGAGGUUAAGAAGCAGCCAGCGAUGCCUGAGAGGAUCGAGCUGGAAAACCGCCGCUGCUCAACAAAACCUGAGACAGAGCUGGAGGAGCUGGAGGAGGUCUCUGAGGAGACACAAACAGAGUUCAACCUGAGGGUGGAGGACAAGCAAGUAAACCAGACCAGUUCUGAUUCUGAGAUGGAGGAGGAGGGUGGAGGACAUAGUGCAUCAUCAGAGGAGUUCCGAGCUUCAUGGAAGGAGGUGCUGCAGUUUCGAGAUAGUCUGAGAAACAAAGAGGACGAGGAGGAGGAGGGAGAGGAGGAAGAGGAAGGGGAGGUGGAUGAAGAUGAAGAAGAAGGAUGCAGUGAGGUGGAAUCCAGUGACGAGGAGGAGUUCAGUCAUCGUCGUCUUCAAUCUCAGACCAUCCCAUCAUCUGGGGGAUUUGACCUCACAUCUGAACAGACUGACUGCACUGUUGACACUCAUCUACAACCUUGUAUCACUUUUUCGACACCUUCAACGCAGCGCAGUUUGCCGUACAUGACUCCACCCCUCACCAACACACCUUCUACUGCCUCUUUCAUCACUACACAUAACUCCACCCCUUCCACCUGCUCACCCAGCACAGAGGAGAUUGCAAAACCAUACCUGGCUCCACCCACACAGCUUGGACCAGUUGUUGUAAUGGAGACAGCAGCAUCACUAAGGUCAGUGGGAGGAGCCAGAGGCUCCUUCGAGGACAUCUGUCCCGAAAUACCACCACAGAAGCCCCUCCUCCAACAGGAGAAAAUGGAGUCAGAGCAAGAAGAUCUGGAGAAGAUGAGAAGACACAGAAGAGCCCACAGCCUCCACCCUCUGCAGGGUGUGGGCGAAGCCCUCCUCCUCCAGCUGAAGGGUGUGAGUGAGGCUCCUCCCCCAGGACAGGUGGAGGUGGAAGGGGGCGUGACUCGAGCCUUGUGGACAUCAGUGUUCUCUGGAAACAGGAGGGAGAGGAAAAAAAGUAGAAGAGGCAGGCUUUCACUUCCUGGUGCAGAGAGAGAGAAGAAAAGAACAGUCGAACACAGAAGAGCAACAGAGUCAAGGGGACAUCUCAGUCUGACUGAAGAAUCUGAUCUAGAGUCGUCCACUCUGCUGCAGAGAUGUUCCCUCACACCCAGGAAAAACCUGCGACUGGAGCUGUUUGACCUUACAUCUGAAAUUCAAAGAGUCACAAUAAAGGAGGAGGAGGAGGAGGUGGAGAACACAAAGCCUGCGUAUGUUCCUCAUGCUUUGGCUUUUAAACGAUCAUAUGCCAUCAAGAGACGAUCUCUAAAGGACAGAGUCCCUCUUCAGGACUCAGAUGGGCUGUCUUCCUGCCCCACGGAGGUGGUUGGAGUCUUGGUCCCAGCGAAGGAACCAUCCAGCAUAAGCGUGAAAGAAACUAUGUUCCAACAGAGAACAGUGGAGGAAGAUGAAGACCUCGACGCCAAAAUCACUCGACGGGUGCAGAGAGCCGCACGUAAACAGGCCAAACAGGAACAGCUAAAGAGACUCCACAAAGCCCAGGUGAUCCAGAGACAGCUGCAGCAGGUGGAGGAGAAGCAAAGACAGCUGGAGGAGAGAGGAGUCGCUGUGGAGAAAGCUCUGAGAGGAGAAGCAGAUUACUGGGGAGACUCUAACGACAGCCCGGACAUAGACCUUCACCUCGGUGGAAUAGGCAAACUGGAUAACCCAGCCCUCAUGCAGCAGUGGUUCCAGUUGGUCCAACAGAAGAACGCUUUGGUUCGAUAUGAAUCAGAGCUGAUUAUAUUCGCUCGGGAGUUGGAGCUAGAGGACCGCCAGAGUCGACUGCAGCAGGAGCUCAGAGAGAGGAUGGCUGUGGAUGACCACCUGAAGCAGGAGGCACAGCUGGUUGAAGAGCGUCUGAUCCUGGAGGAGAUGCUGGAGGUGGUGGAGCAGAGGGAUGCACUGGUGUCUCUGCUGGAGGAGCAGCGGCUGCAGGAGCGUCAGGAAGACCAGGACCUGGAGGCUGUCAUGCUGUCCCGAGGCCUGGGCCUCCACUGGGCCUGACCUGGUUCACAGUGAUGCCGUGAUAACUAAGAGUAUCAGUGCAGCUUUAAAAACUUCUGACGCUUCUGUAAUUUGAUGAGGACUGGAUGGAGGUGGUGCUCACUGGUCUGAUCAAUCAACAUUUGACGUCAUUUUCAGUUGACACACAAGUUGAGUAAAGUUUAGUGUUUAUCAACACUUAGUCUAUGUUUGUUAUGUAAAUUUUUAAUUUCUUAAGUUAUCAAGGUGACUUUGUCCAGCCAAAACAGCAGUAAACAUUUUCACACGUGAAGUAAGUUAGUAAGAUACAGCAUGUAGGAAAAUGGCAUUCUGGGUUUAAAGUUGUCGACAAUGCUCUGAUUGGUCAGUUGUUUCUCCAGUCAGGUACAGUUGUUUGUGAGAACAGUAGCUGACUGUCCCUGAAGUUGGAUCAAAGAUGACUGUUGGUUGGAGAACCAGGACAUCCUGAUGGCAUAUUGGCUACUGGAACAAGGCAUUCAUGGAGCAGGGCAGAGAACAUGGUACUGAUGGAAUGCUACUACGGUGGCAGUCCUAGUGUGAGGGGAUAUAUGCACAGAAUGUGGGAGAAAUGGUUGCUUCGAAACCCCACAAUUUCACUGACUAUACAUAUACCAUUUUUCUACAUGACAACAAGUUUCAAAACAUCCUGAACAGAACUGUACAAGUUAAAUACAGAUUCUCCCUUACGUUAGGGUUUCACUUCUCUUCCAAAGUAUAUGUUGAAACUAGUUUAACACUAAAGCUG